CGCCUCCGCUUCCUCCUCCCUCCGCCUCCCCCGGCAGCACGUGCGCGCCCCGCCCCGGCGGCCCCCUUUUAGCCGCGCCUCUCGCCGGAGCGCCCCCGCUCGUUUCGCCUCUUUUUCUCCGGGUCUGUUUCGGGCCGGUUUCUUUGGGUCGCCGGCCGGCUCCGGUCGCCGAGGAGGGUGUUUUUUUGGGUGCCUCCUGGCCGAUCCCGGCGUGAGCCGCUGCUUCCGUCCCCGCCUUCGCCGUCGGACGGUGGUGGUGCCUGCCGCCUGCCUCGUUCGAUCUCGGCGACGGGGAGGCCGAGAUUCGGAACCCCGGGGGACGGCUCAUGGCUUCCAUGGCGGUCGCGGAGGAAAGGGAUGCCAUGGAUUCAUCUAGGAUGCCGAUCGGCAAAGGGCUAUCGGUGGAUGUUGCAAUGGAGCCCAAUGAGGAGGGCAUGGGUGAGCAUCCUGUCAAGCCUAGGAAGCCAUACACGAUCACGAAGCAGCGGGAGAAGUGGACGGAGGAAGAACACGAGAAGUUCCUGGAGGCGCUGAAGCUGUAUGGUCGGUCCUGGCGUCAGAUACAAGAACACAUUGGCACAAAGACCGCUGUCCAAAUCCGAAGCCAUGCCCAGAAGUUUUUCUCCAAGGUGGUGCGUGAACCUGGUGCUAAAAUUGAGAUCGAGAUCCCUCCCCCUAGGCCAAAGAGGAAACCACUACAUCCAUAUCCUCGCAAGCGUGCCAACUCCUGCAACGGAGCAAACCCAGCAAAUGGGCAAUCCAAGCUUGCUCAAAUUUCAUCUUCUUCUGGUUCUGACCAAGAGAAUGGUUCUCCCGUGUCGGUGCUAUCUGCGAUGCAGUCGGAUGCCUUUGGAUCAUCGAUGUCAAACCCCUCAUCUCGCAGUACCUCCCCAGAGUCAUCAGAUGAGGAGAAUAAUGUUCCUCCAAUGGUCAGCGAAGAGGAAGGUCAACAAACAGGGAUAGAUCAAUCCCACAAGGAAGCUGAUCAGGAAAACAUAGAUAUGGGUACCUCUGAAGAGGAUUCUUCUGAUGAGGUACAGGUAACAAGCGUGAAGCUGUUCGGGAAGACGGUCGUCAUCCCAGACCCGAGGAAAAGAUGCUCCCCGGAUACAGGCUCAGGGCAUGAAAACGGAGAGCAAACCUCACAAUCCUCUAACAUAGGAACAUCACAAGCCCCACUGGCUGUAGAGAUUCCAACACAUACAAAGGGAGGGCAAAUCUCACAAUCCUCUAACAAGGCAACAUCACAAGCCCCAUUGGCUGUAGAGGUUCCGACGUAUACAAAUGGAGAGCAAAUCUCAGAAUUCUCUUACAAGGCAACAUCACAAGCCCCAUUGGCUGUAGAGGUUCCGACAUGUACAAAUGGAGAGCAAAUCUCAGAAUUCUCUUACAAGGCAACAUCACAAGCCCCAUUGGCUGUAGAGAUUCAAGCAUACGCUGCGCCGCCAAGUGCGUGGGUUCUUCCAUACAAUUCAUUCCCGCUCCAUUUCGGGGAAUCAGCGGAAGCCAGAAUUGCCCGUUUGCACAUGUGGUGGCCAUACUAUGGGUUUCCUAUGGUCCAUCCAAGUGGACCGAGUGCAGUGGCACACAACGGAAAAGUUACUGAUGAGAGCGAAGCUGCGAAGAGCCCUCCAGUUGAAUCAAGCUUGGACUUCGUUGACAAUACUCAGGCAACAGCCAGCAAGCAGUGGAAAGUGCUUGAGUCGCUUGGAACAGCGCAGGCCCCUCCUUCGGCUUCUAAUUUUCAGCUUAAACCAAGCACGAACUCGGCCUUCGUGAGAGUGAAGCCGAUCAUCAGCAGUGGAGAUGAGCCGGUGAGGGGGUUCACGCCGUACAAAAGAUGUAGAGUCGAAUGACAAAAGCGGGGAUCUUCUUCCCCGUUUCUAAUUUAACUAUGAACCCUAGGAGGAGCCUGUUCCACAUAUUCCUUUGCUCCACUGUAUUCUUAGGUUUUACUUGCACAUAGAGAUUGGCGGCGGUCUGGUCCGGGAAAUGCGCGUUGUUUCCUGCUUGCGCCUUGUAAUGAGCAGGGCACAGGUGGUUGCUGUAAGUGCGGUAGGAUAAAAGCAGGAGGUUUUGUAGGGAUGCCAAUUCUCUGUCUCUCAUGUUGUUGAUGUAAAAGCAAAGAAUUUUUGUGUCACUCUUGUUGAUUCCUAAUGGAAAUCGAUUUCUCUGAAUGAA